UUACCAUGCAUUACAAUAAGAAUGUAAGAUGAUGUGAUUAUAUGUACAGUUUUUUUGACAAUGUACGUAUUGUGAUAGUUGUUCUUGAAUUUUAUGCGUGAAUCAUGACGGAGUCGGAACUUUGCCGGCUCUGCGCCGAAACCAAAGAGAAUUUUAUUGGAAUUUACGAUGCAGAAGGACAAAAAUUAGCCAUAGAAGCCAAAAUUGCUAAAUGUUUACAAAUUCAGGUAUUAAUAAAUGAUGGAUUACCGAUUAUAGUUUGUAUAGAUUGUUGUAUUUUACUAAAUCAGUGUAGUGAAUUUUUUGAAAAAACUAAUCAAGCACAAGAAUCUUUAAAACAGUUGCUUGUAGAUUCUAAAAUUGAGCCACAACCAUUAGAAACAAAUAUAAAUUAUAUUCAUAGAACAGUUACAUUUCCAAAAGAAGAAGAAGAAGUGGGAGAAGGAAUUAUUCAAUGUCAUUUAUCAAAUAACUACAUCCAUGAUAGAUCUGAUGUUUCACAUAACUAUUUUAUUAAAGAAAAUAAAAAUAAUAAUCAUGAAAAGUAUGAUACUGAAGAACAUCAGGACAUUAUGAAACAAAAGAAAUGUAAAAUUCAACUGAAAAAAACAUCACUUAAACAAACUAGAAAAAAAUUAAAACGAAAAAAUCAGAAUCAAAAAAUAGAAGAUUCAGACAUGUAUAUAAAUGCAAAUUUAAAGAAGGAGCACGAUAAUAUAAGUGUAAAAGCUAAUGUAAAAAUUCCUGAUAAUUAUAUGACAGGUACCGAUUCAGAUUUAGAAAUCAUAGAAUCACAUACUGCAGAAACAUUAAAAUUUGGACAUAAAAGAGGAGAAAAUUUAAGUAGGUAUCCUUGGCUUUGCACAGACUGUAAUGAUAAGCUACCUAGUUUAGAAAAAUUAGAGGAACAUCAUGAAACUGUUCAUAACCAACAAGCAAAAUAUAUGUGUGUAUUAUGCUAUAAAGUUUAUGAUAAAUAUUAUGGUUUUCUCACUCAUGUUAAACGACACAAAAACAAGACAAAAUUUAGUUGCGAUGAUUGCGGAAAAUCGUUUGUACAUAAAAAAGGAUUAGAUUCUCACAAAGCAAUUCAUAGCGAAGAACGGCCUCAUGUGUGUCAAACUUGUGGAAAAGCAUUUAGGCAGCAAAAUGCUUUAUAUAUACAUAGUCGGUGUCAUUUACCAGAUACUAUGAAAAAUAGAUUCCCAUGUGAUCAGUGUGACAAAAGAUUUUCAACAAAACCAAAUUUAGUCACACAUAAACGAAUUCAUUCUGGUGUUAGAAACUUUACAUGUGACCAAUGUGGCAAGAGUUUUAUUCAGAAAGGAAAUUUAGAAGCUCAUUUUUUAACUCACUCAGCAGAUAAGCCAUAUAAUUGUACUCAAUGUUCAUAUUAAAUAUUCAAAUAUUUAAAAUAAUUUAGUUUUAAAACACCAUUACAGUUAAAAAAACAUGAAACAGUUCAUACAGGGGCAAAGCCGCAUCAAUGUGCUGUAUGUGGAAGAACUUUUAGAGAAAAAGGUACAUUAAGGGAGCACCACAGAAUACAUACUGGUGCAAUGCCAUUUACAUGUGAAUUUUGUGGUAAAUGUUUUCGCUUUAAGGGAAUAUUAACUACACAUAGAAGGCAACAUACUGGUGAACGUCCGUACAGUUGCUUAGAGUGUCAACACCAUUUUACAAAUUGGCCAAAUUAUAAUAAGCAUAUGAAACGUAGACAUGGUAUUAAUACAUCACAUACAAAGCAUUUAUCACAAUCUCAGCAAAUACAAUCACAGCAGCAAUUACAAGGACAACAACCAGAACAGUCACAAAUAGUUCAAUCAAAUACUUCAGAACAUUCUCUUCCUAUACCUAAUACAGAAUCAUCAACAGUUCACGUGAUACAAACUGUUUCACAUGCAUCUACAACUCAACCAAUUGUUGUACAAACUAUUCCAACUACUACUAUUCAAAAUUUUCAACCUGAGGUGUCCAGUACAAUACAAGAUACAGUGUUCAGAGAAAGGAAUACAACAUAUUUUAAUGCAAUGCCAGCAACUCUGCAAAAUUUUUUACCACCUAAUUUAUCAUACAACUUUUAUAAUAUUUCUAAUGUUACAUAUAGAGAAUGA